UGCUGAGGGAAGGAGAGGAGAAAGUGACAUCAACUCCUGUCUCAGCUAAGUCCACUGACCAAACGAAUGAAACUCAAAGGACAGAGGGGCUGGUGCGAGGCUCAGAUGGGAAGAUGUAUCAACUUUAUCCAGGCCCUCCUGGGCCAAAGGGGCCACCUGGGAAGCCAGGUUGUCCUGGCAGUGUGGGCAAUCCCGGGUUUAAAGGAGAAAAGGGAGGAGUUGGACCACAGGGUCGUCCUGGUCGGGUCGGAAAGUCAGGGCCUCCCGGACCACAAGGACCACCCACUUUAUAUCUAUGGAGGAACACAGCGGAGGAGUGGGCUCACUUUCAGCAAACAUCUUUCUUCCAGCUGUUGUAUGCAGGUUGGCCUAGAGAGAUGGGUUUACCUGGGCCACAGGGAGAAGUGGGAAAACCAGGCCCACAGGGACCAGCGGGUGAUCCUGGAGAAAAAGGAGCACCAGGGCGUCUGGGAGAUAUGGGUGACCCUGGACUACCAGGUGUGCCUGGUUUACCAGGGAUUCCUGGCAAAGAUGGAGAAAAUGGCCUGAAAGGACACCAGGGGGCUCCUGGGAUACCUGGCCCAAAGGGCCCUCUUGGCUAUAAAGGAGAAUUUGGCUCACCUGGUGAAAAAGGAGAUGAGGGUAUUAUUGGAGGAGAUGGCCGCAGUGGAGAUGUAGGAGAACCUGGAGAGAAAGGAUAUAAAGGGCUGCCUGGGUCAUCUGGCCCUCCUGGCCCUCAAGGGCCGCAUGGGAUUAGAGGGAUUGUGGGUCUUGAGGGCCCUCCAGGGACAGAUGGGGAAGAUGGAUUUGAUGGCCCACCAGGUCCACUGGGUCCACCAGGCCCUCCAGGUAUCACAGGUUUUGUUGGUGCUCAGGGCGUAAAUGGCUCACGGGGGGAGCCUGGACCUGCAGGAAACACCGGCCCCCCAGGGCUUCAGGGUGCUCUGGGAUUGGAGGGACAGAUUGGGCCUCCAGGGCUACGGGGCCCACAGGGUCAACCUGCCAGAGAAGGCACACCAGGCCCAAAAGGAGAUGCUGGACCUAUUGGGCCAACAGGGCUUCGAGGGGAGACAGGGUCUGAGGGCCCCAUGGGUGCAUUAGGAACACCGGGUCCAAAAGGAUUUAUAGGUGUUCGAGGUAAGAGGGGACCUGAAGGAAACAAGGGAGAAGCUGGGCCAAAAGGUGAAAAAGGUAUUAAAGGAAACCCAGGGAUACCAGGUUUCCAGGGUGAACAAGGACCCACUGGUUUUCCAGGGUUUCCAGGGGUCAAAGGUCAACCUGGACCAAGAGGCAGACAGGGAGAAGAUGGUGAGGUGGGACCACAAGGCAAAUCAGGAAAGGAAGGAACAAAAGGGAACAGGGGACCAGAGGGUCGAAAAGGAAAACCAGGACCGAGGGGACCAAUGGGUCGUACAGGUCAAAGAGGUCAUGCUGGAAUGCCUGGAACUCCGGGAUUUCCAGGUCCUCAAGGAGGAGUCGGGCCUGAAGGAAAGCCUGGUACACAGGGACCCCAAGGUGCUUCGGGUAACCCAGGAGAAAAAGGACAAAUGGGCUUACAAGGCAUUGCUGGGGAGCCUGGUAUAGAUGGAUCUUCAGGACCUCCGGGACCACCUGGACAAGAAGGACCCAUUGGCAGUCCAGGUCUACCAGGAGAGAGGGGGUUUUAUGGAAAGCCAGGAGCAGUGGGACCUCAGGGCUCUGUUGGCAUGUAUGGUUUCCCCGGAAGCACAGGCACACGAGGAAGACCAGGACACGUAGGAGAACGGGGAGAAGCUGGAGUGAAAGGACCCCCAGGACCAAUUGGGAAGCCUGGACCUUCAGGAACAACAGGUACACCAGGAGAAAGAGGACCUCCAGGACCACAAGGCAGACAAGGAGAUCCUGGACCUCAAGGAAUAGAAGGAGCAUGUGGUCCCCCAGGGCUGCAGGGAGCCAAUGGGAUGAUGGGAAGACCAGGGCCUUAUGGAAAAAAAGGAGCCCCAGGAGAUCCAGGCCCAAGAGGGCCUCCAGGUGCCCCAGGCUCUCAAGGUGAAAAUGGGUUGUCUGGACCAGCUGGGGAGAAAGGGGAGAAGGGAAUACUGGGUCCUCUUGGUGACAUGGGGCCUUCUGGACUUGAAGGUGAACAGGGUCCAUCAGGCCCAGACGGACCUGAGGGGUUAGUGGGGAGAAAAGGGGAUCAGGGAGAAAGAGGCCUCUGUGGUAAAAGUGGUCCCCAGGGACAGAAAGGAGAUAGUGGUCCACAGGGUACAAAAGGUCUGCAGGGUCCACCUGGGCUGCUGGGUAAAGAGGGAGAUGUUGGUAAACCUGGAGAUCCUGGUGGCCCUGGGCCUGUAGCAGAAAAAGGUGAAAAAGGCCACCAAGGGAUGAUUGGUUUAGAAGGGCCCUGGGGAGCUGUAGGAGAAAGAGGAGAGAGAGGAGCAAAAGGGGACAAGGGCAACACUGGUCUUAUAGCGGAACCAGGUCUUAUAGGUGGAGUUGGAGCUGUUGGGUUGAAAGGACUUCCUGGUGGGGUUGGAUCACCAGGGCCAGUAGGGUCAAAUGGACCCCCAGGGGAAAAGGGAGACAUUGGGCCAUCGGGCUUGCCCGGCAUGCCUGGAAAUACCGGGCCUCGGGGAAUAGCUGGUGUGGCAGGAGUGAGAGGAGACACUGGAAAGCCCGGACCACAGGGUUCUGAUGGGCCUGUAGGUCCUAAAGGAGAUGCUGGCCCUAAAGGCUAUGCAGGUCUAGAUGGAGAAAAAGGAGAUGCAGGAGACCCAGGGGAACCAGCAGAGCAGGGACCAGACGGCCUUCCAGGUAUUCAAGGACCCCCUGCAUUGCCUGGUCUUGAGGGGCCCCCAGGAGAAGCAGGACUUCAGGGACCACCAGGUCCACCAGGAGCAGAGGGAAGAAUGGGUCAACCAGGACCAGAGGGAAGACAAGGCAUCAAAGGAGACAAGGGAGAUGAUGGCAUUAAUGGACCACCAGGAAAUAUGGGUCUCACUGGUAGGAAGGGAAAAAGAGGCAAAGCUGGUUUAAGGGGCUUAAGAGGAACAAGAGGAGAGAAGGGAGCAAAAGGAGAGAUUGGUGAAAAAGGACAUCCAGGAUGGGAGGGGUCUAUGGGUAUCAUAGGCCCGAGAGGAGAGAAAGGUGAAGAAGGUGCAAAAGGAGAAAAGGGAGAGAAUGGUGAUCAAGGGCCACCUGGUCCACCAGGAAAAGAUGGCUUAAGGGGAAGCCAAGGUGCUUUGGGCCCACCUGGAUUCCCGGGACCAAAGGGGGAUAAGGGCAGUAAUGGUCUGUCUGGUCCAAGAGGGAUGCCUGGUAUACCUGGACUUCCUGGCUUGUUUGGAACAAAGGGUUUGAAAGGUUUUCAGGGGGCUUCUGGGCCAGCUGGAAAAAGGGGCCUUCCAGGACCACCCGGACCUCCAGGACCGCCAGGCCUCUCAGUGAACCUUACUAUGAACCAGAUUAAAGAUCUUAUGUAUGUCUCAGACAAGCCGAACUACUCACUCAUCCAGGUACUUUUGGAUUCUCUGUUCCAUGACCUGAGGCUGUUGCUGGAUCCUCCUGAUGGCACCAAAGAGCGACCAGCUUCAACUUGCAUGGAACUGUGGCUCUGCCACCCCAACUACACCAGUGGUUUCUAUUAUAUCGACCCGAAUCAGGGCAGCCCCGUAGAUGCUCUUUUGGCUUUUUGUAACUUCUCCGAGUCAAAGGCAGAGACUUGCCUUCACCCCAGAAUGGCACAGCUACCAAUGAGAGCAUGGUUGAAUGACUCUGUAUCAGAUAGUGCGUUCUACUGGCUCAGUUCCCGAGAGGGGGGUUUUACGUUUAAAUACUUAGGGCUCACAGUGGUGCAGAUCCGUUUUCUGAGACUUCAGAGCACCUCGGCGGAGCAGAGAGUGACGUACUCCUGCUAUCCGGGACACAGACUGGGCCAAACACAGCGACAAGCACGCUUCCUGACCAGCUCAGUGCAGCAAAGCUACCAGGGGGCCCUUCAGGACUGUGUGCCUGCUAAGGAAGUGGAUCCAGGGCCCCGGGAGUCUGUGUUUCAGUUUGUGGAUAAAGACCUGCUCCCUCUGCGGGACAUCGCAGUGUUUGCCAGCAGCAGCUUUUCACAUGAGUUUGGCUUCACUGUGGGCCCGGUGUGUUUCAGCUAAAGUGUGUGUGUGUGUGUGUGUGUGUGAGAGAGAGAGAGAGAGAGAGAGAGAGAGAGAGAGAGAGAGAGAGAGAGAGAGAGAGAGAGAUUAUUUUAAAGGGUAUAACCUCACACAGAAAUGGGAGCGAAAGAAGAAAGAGGUAAACUGUAUAACACGAGGAUGUAAGGAAGACCUGUGGGUUGUACCUCAUGCCCUUUCUAAUCCUCAUUACACAAUAAUGACACUUUAAAGGAGCACAUUUUUACUUGUGCUUUUCAACAAAUGAAACAUAAUUUCUGUUCAACUCAUUAGCAUUUUGUAAAUUGCAUAC